AUGGUGAAGUCAGUGCACAUGGCGGAGAUGCCUCAGAAGCAUCAGGCGGUGGAGGGGGCAGUGGUGGAAGCAUCUGGAUGUACUGUCAACUUUUCAAGGGCUAUGGAAAAAUCUCGUCUAAUGGAGGAGCUGGGUCAAGAAAUGCUGCUGACCCUGGAGGUGGAGGAGCUGGAGGAAGAGUAGCUCUGUUUUUCUGGCAAAAUGAAACUUUCAGCAGUUUCCAAUUCACUGCCUAUGGUGGCCCUGCUGGCGACCCUGCAAAAGCACAGAAUGGUGGGGCAGGAACCAUUUUUGUCUAUCAUAUGAUUGAAGAUCACCAGACCCUCAUUAUUGACAACAAUGGGCUACAGACUCCAGAUGAAGAACACAUCAUUGAAGACUACAAUGACCUCAGUGGUGACAGCUGCCGAACCUGGAUCCUUCCACAGUCUGGAAAGCACUUUUUUGCUGGAGGGAACUACAGCUAUAGCUUUGAUGAGCUUCAGAUCUAUGGUGCAGCUCACCUUGCCAUUUUAGUAGAGCCUUUUCCUGCACCAACAGAUUUAUUUUUCCGUUACAUGAUAGGAGACCGAACUGGAACAGUUCAUUUAGGUGACCAACAAGUGAUGGAUCUAGAGAGACCCGAGAUUGAUCUCCCUUUCAGUGUGCAAGUUUAUUCAGGAGGUUUCCUAGGUCUUGCUCCAAUUACAUUUGUUCAUGGUGUGUCUAUCUGGAUGGCUGGGGAACUAAGCCAUGUGAGGAACAUGACUUUACGCCAUGGUGGCUUGGUAUCAUUCAAGUUCGGUGGUUACACCAGUGGCGAAGAAGCCAACUCAGCCAUUUUCCAUUUUGUACGCAUUCAAGAUUAUUCCACGUUCAAAGCUGAAAGAAUUUUCACUGUUGAAACAGGAUUCAACAUGACUGUGGACUAUAUUCUCAUUGAAGGAGGAGGAAACCUUCAAGCAACUAAUCUUAGUCUUCAAGUGAAAAAUCUUUCCAUUGAUGAUGGAGGAAGCUUGCAUGCAGAUGGACUGGGCUAUAAACCAAACACUCCACAGAACAACAUUACAAAUAUUGGACUUGGUAAAACUGCUGUGUUGGGAUCAUCAGGGGGAGGCCAUGGAGGAAGCAGUGGACGAGGGAAAGGAACAGAUUGACAGGCAUGCCUUACGGAGAUUUCUUUGAGCCAGUCACCAUAGGAAGUGCUGGUGGAGGUGGCCUAAAUGUUGGAGGCAGUGGUGGCGGCUUGCUGACAGUCUUUGUGUUGGACACAUUGUGGUUGGAUGGAGAAAUACGAGCAGAUGGUCAGCCAGCAAUAAAUCCCACUGGUGGUGGAGGUUCUGGUGGAACUGUUCGUAUCAUAGCUAAAAAGAUCAAGGGUUUUGGAAACAUCACAGCCAAUGGAGGAGAUCAGUUUGCCAGUGGCACGGGUGGAGGAGGCUCAGGGGGAAGAAUUGCAUUAAAUUUUUGGGUGAAUGAGACUUACCUAGGGAAGUUCCAGGCACAUGGAGGAUUUGCCAACUGGAGCCUUCAAAAUUCUGGUGAGCCAGGAGGUCCAGGCCCCGUUUUCAUGUUCCAUGAGGGCGAGGUCCAUAAGACUUUGUUUGUGGAGAACAAUUUCCUGCAGAGCAAGUCUGUGGGCAAGGUACGUGACUUUGCAGACCUCACAGAUGACCACUUCAAGGCCUGGAUCAUUGAACAAGAUACAGACAAGAAGUACUUGGAUGGAAACAACAGGUCCACAACCUUUGAUGAACUUCAGAUCUAUAGCAAUGCCCAUCUGGUCAUCCUCCCACGUGACCCGCAAGCAGGAGUGUUUCUGCACUUCCAACAUAUGAUUGGGGAUAGGUCUGGAGUUCUUCAUGUUGGACCAAGACAAGCAAUGGACUUGAAACGACCUGCCAUUGACAUCCCCUUCAGCACUUACAUUUACCCUUCUGCUUACUUAGGCCUUGCACCUGACACAUCUCUGAACCAAGUAUUUGUACAGAUUGAGGGAGUGAUGGACCAUGUGUACAACCUCACCCUCAUUGCUGGUGGACAGCUUCGUCUCUUUCCAACUGGCUCAACAGGGUCAGAACCAAGCCUUUCAUAUGCAAUUAGUGGCACCACUGUCAUCAAAGCUCAGUCCUCUAUCAAUGCAUCAGCGCCCUUCGCCCCUGGGUUCACUUACAACUUGACCUUUGGCUCUCUGACUGUGGAGGGUGGAGGCUCAGUGAUGGGCAAGGACUUGGAAAUAACUGCUACAGACAUUACCGUGGAUGAUGGAGGUGCCAUUGAUGUCAGUGAUGGUGGCUACCUAGCAGGCCUGGGAGCAGCACCAGGCACACUUCAUCGGUUAGGCAACAGUGGAGCAUCACAUGGGGGCGUAGGUGGGCGAGGUCAGUGUGCAGGAUAUGUCACUUGCCGUCUGCCCAGAAAACAUCCUUAUGGAAAUCUCUACCAUCCUUCUGAAUAUGGCAGUGGUGGUGCAGGAGCUAAGGGAGGAAUUGGGGGAGGAAUUCUGAAGAUCAGCGUGAUCCACACCCUGACAGUCGAUGGCUACAUCCGUGCCAACAGCCUGAAUGUCCUGGCUUCCACAGGUUCCUUAGCAAGUGGUGGAAGUGGUGGCAGCAUUGAGAUAAAGACAGUAAAUCUGACAGGAAGUCACACGGGUGCUAUAGAGGCUUUAGGUGGGGUCAGUGAUCCUGUAAAUGGAGGAGGUGGAUCUGGAGGAAGAAUCUCCAUAUAUCAUGCCACACAUCUGUCAAUGCCACCAUACCGUGGUGACUUCAAUGUCUAUGGUGGUCAGCCUGCUGCCAGUAGUGAAGCAGAGACUGGUGCUUCGGGAACUGUUUACAUAUUCAAAUACCAACACCACGGAGUCCACCUUGCGUGUAGACAACCAGGGUUACAAACCUGUGACGGAGCAGCCAGGCUUUCUCAACAUCGGACGCCGCCUUGAUUUUUCUUCACUUGCCUUGACCUACCAGAAAACACAGUCAUUCACAGCCUCUUCAGGUUUCACUGUUACGUCAUCAGCUGCCGUUUACAACUAUGGUUAUUCCGACUGGCCUUGUCAGCAAGCACCAAACUCAGCAAGGCACAUAUCUUCUGCAGUAUCUGUUUGACCAGACCUUGCACACAGACCCUGAUCACUUUUUCUUGGCUGCAACACCUACUGCUACUCUACAUCUGAAUCUCAAGAGAGACUCCUAGUGAACACUAUAAAAAUCUAUCCUAAUCAGGUGUUCCCAACAAAAUUCAAGAUCAGUGCAAGCACAUCAAAAGGAGACAGUUUUGAUGUCACCAGUAAUUUUGUGGUACCUGAGAACCAUAUGUGCAAGGGUCAUACCUGCAACUGUCUGUGCAGCGUAACCUGACUGUCUUGACCUUUGAAUUACAGACCUUGGGAGUGUGCACAAAAGCUAUGCUUCGCUGUCAGAAAUUGAGAUUUUUGUGGAUGGGCAACAGCCUCCUGAAAGAUACACUACAGAUGAGUUACAUGGAGCUAGCACAUGGGCAGCACUGGACCCGGCACAAGGAAAGUUUGAGUUCACAGAUCUACACAUAACAGGUGGCAGCCAUCUUGCCUUUGAAGAUGGCAAGAAUCAAGACACAGCUUUCGCCACAGACAUUGGAACAGUGUAUGGUGACAAAACAGGUUAUCUGCACGUGGGCUACAGUCAGAACUUAAACAUCAACUUUACUACAGCUGACAUUCCAUUCAAUCUGCUUGCUUAUGAAAAGACUCAUGUGACAUAUCCUCCACGUACAUUCUUCACACAGACAGACCUUUCAUCUCUUGGAAAGGUUUCUGGCAUCCAAGACCUGUAUGUAUACCAAGGUGGCUCAGUCACCCUGGGUAGUGAAGCAAGUGUGGGCUUUGGCAGCCUACCUCGGGAGGUGAAUGUGACAUCCCUACAUGUUCAAAAUGGAGGUACUUUUGAGGUGGACAGCGGCCAUCAUACACAGGAUGUCACCAUUGUUGCAGAUACUGUGA